GGCGGAGAACAUGUUUCGUCUGCACCUGAGAUGGCGCCAGCAACAUAACGUGGACAGCCUUCUGACUGAGUAUCAAGUGCCCAAGGUAAUGCGCGAACACUUUCCGGGAGGCAUUCUCGAGUGCAAUCCGAAGGGACACCCAGUCUGGUUAGUAAACGUCGGCAGCGUAGACAUCAAGGGUUUUCUGCAGGUGCUGUCUCCGGCCGACAUUCGCCAGCACUGUAUGUAUAUUCUUGAACUGCAAGAGAAGAUGAAACGUGAAACUUCGCGUAAGUUGGGACAAGAGAUUGAGACACAGUACAUAAUUGUGGACCUCGAAGGCUUCUCUGUUCGUCAGCUCUACUCUUGGCAAGUUAUCGAGCUCUUGACGGAUCUGUUGAAGAAGUACGAAGCCAACUAUCCAGAGUCACUUGAAAAGGGCUUCGUCAUCAAUGCACCAAACUUUUUUCCGGUCCUGUGGAAGAUUGUUCGCCCAUUUCUGUCACAGAGGACGGUGGACAAGGUGGCCAUUUACGCAAAAGAUGGCUGGAAGGAAGAUUUCGCCGAGAUCAUGGACCUGGACAAGCUGCCGGCCCACUGGGGCGGAUUUCUAAAGGGACCUGACGGAGACCCACGGUGCCCUCACUUGGUGUGCCCCGGCGGCGACGUUCCCGACGAGUACCGGAAAGACCUCGCCUCCAGGAGCUUGUGGCGCCGUGAGGGCAUUCAGCAAUUGAGCAUCGACCGCCGUGGUCUCUUCGAGCUCGCCGUGCAGGUCGAGCAGGCCGGUGCUCGUCUAAUCUGGGCUUUCCAAACGGCCAAAGGAGACUUGGCAUUCGGGUUACGUUUCCGGCCGUCGGCAGACAGUGGCGCGGGCGUGGAGGACGAGCAGUUGCUCGAAGUGGAUCGCGUUCCUUCCUGCAGCCUGAUACCCGAACACGGCUCGCACAUCUGUACCAGGCCAGGAACAUAUUUGCUGCAGUUCGACAACUCGUUCAGCUGGCUGAGCGGCAAGCUUGUGGCGUACGAGGUGCAGAUCGUGCCACCUUCAUGAUUACAGCACAAGUUGCGGCGGCUGUUCGCAGUAGGAGGGGCGUAGCAUGCCAUGGGCAAGAUUGACAAACAUCUAACAUCAGGCAGCACAGCCUAACCUGAGUCCCAGCGAUAGCGGUGGCAGGAACUAGGCGGCCGCUCUGGCCGCUAGAUUCGUUGGAUAUGCCUGCAUGUUACCGAGGUUCAACUCAGCGGUGCAGCAAGCAGCUCUCUGUCACUGAAGCGUUAGGUCCGUUCAAUUCGCCAGCACCAAUCGGAACUGGUUCACGGCGGUGCACGAGAAGUUCAGAAAUUGUGCAGCGCGAGUUCAGUGGGGCAGGCACAGUGCGACACCAGAAACGAAUGACGAGGUGCCGACAUGGUGGGGGCCUUACUUUUGUUCGCUUCAUUAACGCUGUCCACUUAACAUCGACUGGUGGAAAACCGCACAUCUGGACAGUUUAUCAGGCGCAAAAACCUUGGCAAAGCACACCACUUUAGUAGACCUGGGUACGGCGCCUACGUCUCUAUGCUGUGUCAUCUUGCUCAGCUGUUAGUGCGCACGCACACGAGUGCACGAAGCCGGCACCGUCAGCGUAGGGGGUGCAGGAAAAUCGUGAACCAGCCCUGCACCUUCUGAAAUGAAUGACGUGGUUCAGCGGUCGCCAUUGCUGCACCGCUGAAACGAAUGGCAGGGUGC